UAAAACAACAACAAGGAAGUGGAAAGAGAAGUCCCGAGGUGCAAAAUGCAACAGUCGCGCUAAACAUAUUAGAAGUGAUUUCUACUUUUGAACGCGCGCCAAUCAGGAUUAUUAUGCAAUAAUAAUAUUAAUUCUUCACAAGCGACCCUCGCGAUGGAGGGCUCCAAGUCGUCGAGCACAACCAUGCAGGUCAGCUUCGUGUGUCAGCGCUGCUGUCAGCCGCUAAAACUGGACACGUCGUUCAAAGUGCUCGAUCGGGUCACAAUCCAGGAACUCAUUGCUCCGUUGGUCACAGUGACUCCCAACAAACAGGCUGACAGCACUGAGGGGGAAACGGCACCAGAGGAGACCUUUGUAGAAAACAAGCAAGAUGGAGUGUCAAGAAAAUACAUCCCUCCUGCACGGAUGAUGUCGACAGAGAGCGCCAACAGCUUCACACUGAUUGGAGAAGCAUCGGAUGGAGGCACCAUGGAGAAUCUUAGUCGUAGGCUGAAGGUGACCAGUGACCUGUUUGACAUCAUGUCAGGACAGACGGACGUGGACCACCCGCUGUGUGAGGAAUGUACCGACACCCUGCUUGAUCACCUGGACACGCAGCUCAACAUCACAGAGAACGAAUGCCAGAAUUACAAGCAGUGCCUGGAGUUGCUGUCCCACCUACAGGUGGAGGGAGAGGAGACCCUGCUGGCGGAGCUGCAUCAGCUGAAGGAGGAGGAGGAGGCUCUGGUCCAGGAGCUGGAGACAGUGGAGGAGCAGAGGGCUGCUGUGGCCCAGGACCUGACCCAGAGCAGGGUCCACUCUCAGCAGCUGGACACAGAGGAGCUACAGUACCAGAAGGAGUACAGCGAGUUUAAACGGCAGCAGCUGGAGCUGGACGAUGAGCUGAAGAGUGUUGACAACCAGAUGCGUUAUUGCCAGAUACAGCUAGAUCGCCUGAAAAAGACCAAUGUCUUCAACGCCACUUUCCACAUCUGGCACAGCGGCCAGUUUGGCACCAUUAACAACUUCCGUCUGGGUCGACUUCCCAGCGUCCCAGUGGAGUGGAAUGAGAUCAACGCGGCCUGGGGGCAGACGGUGCUGCUGCUGCACGCUCUGGCCAACAAAAUGGGGUUGCGCUUCCAGAGAUAUCGUCUUGUCCCAUACGGAAACCACUCGUACUUAGAGUCACUGACAGACAAGUCCAAGGAACUUCCUCUGUACUGCUCAGGUGGCCUGAGGUUCUUCUGGGACAAUAAAUUUGACCACGCCAUGGUGGCCUUUCUGGACUGUGUCCAGCAGUUCAAAGAGGAGGUGGAAAAAGGAGACACUGGCUUCUGCCUUCCAUACAGGAUGGAUGUGGAGAAGGGCAAGAUCGAGGACACUGGCGGCAGCGGCGGCUCCUACUCCAUCAAAACGCAGUUCAACUCCGAGGAGCAGUGGACCAAGGCGCUCAAGUUUAUGCUCACCAACCUGAAGUGGGGACUGGCCUGGGUCACAUCCCAGUUCUACAACAGAUAGACUUUCUGGACAAUGCCUUGCGAUACUGCAUAUGUUGCGUAUGCGCCACGGAUGGAUGGACUUUGUGUGAAUCUUAUUACUUACUUGGCCAAAGGAAAAUAAAUGUUUUUCUGUGUUCCAUUUUUGCAAGUCUUUUCAGUACAAAAGAAGCAUAAAGCAAUGUUGUAGAUCUUCAGUCCAGAGUGUCUGUUUUUUUGACAUGUUAUAAAAGUGGAGUUUAUAAAUUGGAAGCAUGAAAGACAG